AUGGACACCGAAUCAACCGCCAACCAAAUCCCCCCGGUUGCUCACCGGCCUCGUCCUGGCCGCCUCGAAACCCGGAGGGCCGCGGCCCGAGUCAGCAACGGUCGCCAACACACCCGCAACAGAUACUACCACGGCGAGCUCGAUAACGACGUUGAGAUUGCCCGCAGCGAUAUCCCUCUACCGGGUGAAGGCAACUACCGCCGCUGUCCCUCCUUGGAGCGCCAGGAAGCCUUCUACCACGCCUCUACGGCUAAGAGUAAUCCCCGUGUACGACGACCUUCGUUUUCCGAGGAUGCUCAGGUCGCCCGACUCUACCAAAAGGGUCUUCUCUAUAACGAUGGGGAGGCCGCUGGGGGUUCCCUCGAGCUGAACAGCAUUCGCCACAGCGAACCGACCUACGUUGUCCGCCCUGCCAAGCGGGCGCGCAAGAAUGGCAAACAGGGUCGUCGCAACGGUCAAACAUAUUCCCUGGAGCCUCCUCUGGCUCUCAACCUGUCGUUUUCUGACAUUGGAGAUGACGAAGCCAUCGCUCGGUAUUUCUUUGCUUCUCAACAAGCGUCCCCCGAGGACAUCAUUCAACAUGCGUCCUCCCAAGAUUCAGUUCCUCCUCUCCGGGUCAUAUAUGAGCUAGCUGGCUCGCAAGGCUCCGUUGAUGUUGAUGCGUCACAACCUCCCGAUUUGAUUCUGGACUCAGAGGAGUUUGACCUACUCUCUGAUAGCGAAAUGUACGAUACUCCCACCAGCACACAGGAUUUUGCUGCCGAUCCUUCAUCUGCUUGGGUCAUGGUGGGCAACGACUUGUAG